AUGCCUGGUAUGAAUCCGGGAGCCAGGUACGUGCCUUACAAGCCGUUGGACCUUCCCAACCGGUCGUGGCCUUCCAAAGUGCAACGCACAUCUCCCAUUUGGACAUCGGUUGAUCUCCGAGAUGGCAAUCAAGCGCUCAUCAAUCCCAUGAGCCAGGAGCAGAAGCUCGAAUUCUUCAAGAAGCUCGUCGACGUUGGCUUUCAAGAGAUCGAAGUUGCCUUCCCUUCCGCCAGCGACACCGACUUUGGCUUUGUGAGAAACAUCAUCGAGCAAGGACUCAUCCCCGACGACGUGUUCAUCCAAGUGCUCACCCCUGCAAGGUGAGUGUCGGACCAGUCAAUAGCAAGUCUGGCCCUUGCAAGCGCGGACGAGGUGCUGAUCACGAAAACUGUCCACAGAGAGGAGCUGAUUCGCAGGACAUUCGAGUCGAUCAAGGGUGCCAAGAAUGUCAUUCUGCACAUGUACAAUGCCACAUCGCCCCUCUUCCGAGACGUCGUCUUUGGAAACAGUAGGGAAAAGACCAUCGACCUGGCAGUCAAGCACACAAAAAUCGUUCGCGAGCUGGUGGACGAGUACAGCAAGCCAGAGAAUGGUGGGACCAAUUUCAAGUACGAAUACUCGCCAGAAACCUUUACUCAGACCGAAAUGGACUUUGCCGUCGAAAUUUGCGAGGCGGUCAGAAACGCUUGGGGCAAAGCGAGCAAGCAGGAACCCAUCAUCUUCAACCUGCCUGCGACCGUCGAGAUAGGCCCUCCAAACCACUACGCUGAUCAGGUGAGCGAGAGAUUGUGAUGUCUUUCUCGUCUGUCGUACGGAGCGCUCACCGCGUCCACAUCCGCCGGGAUACCUUUCCUCCACUCCUGACAGAUUGAGUGGUUCUGCACCCAUGUCACUAAGAGGGAAGAGAUCAUCAUCUCUCUGCAUCCCCACAAUGAUCGAGGCUGCGCCGUAGCUGCAACCGAGCUAGGUCUUUUGGCUGGUGGUGACAGAGUGGAGGGCUGCCUCCUCGGAAAUGGAGAGCGCACAGGCAAUGUGGACAUCGUGACGCUUGCUCUCAACCUCUUUUGCCAAGGCGUCCAACCUGGGCCCCUCGAUCUCAGCGACUUGCAGAGCGUCAUCGAUACAGUCUCUGGAUGCAACGACAUUCCUGUUCACCCUCGUCAUCCCUAUGCGGGAGAGCUUGUCUUUACAGCUUUCAGCGGCAGUCACCAAGAUGCCAUCAAGAAAGGCUUUGCGGCCCAGGACGCGAGGAAGAUCAAGGGCGACCCCAGUUGGAACAUUCCGUACCUACCCAUCGACCCUGCAGAUCUCGGCAUGACCUACGAAGCCAUCAUUCGGGUCAACAGCCAAUCCGGAAAGGGCGGAAUCGCGUAUCUCGUCGCGCAAGCUCUUGGCUUGGACCUGCCGCGUAGAAUGCAAGUCGCGUUCUAUCAAGUCAUUCAGCAGGUUGCGGAUAGGACGGGCAAGGAAAUGUCAUCGGACGACAUUACGCGAGCCUUUACGCAGACGUAUCACGUUCCCAGCAUCACUACUGGACGCAACGAGGGCAGACUCACGCUGCGUCAAUUCAAGCUGGAAGAUGAUGUUGCUCCUGAAUUGAAUGGUGAUGACAACCUCUCGCCUUCUAGCAGUCAAGUCCUAGAUCCGAGUUACGGCGCUCAAACGCCGCGCUACCGCCGCUUCACGGGUGUCGUGCUGCGAGAUGGAAAGCCUCACAAUGUUAGUGGAAAGGGCAACGGACCUCUCUCUGCCAUUCUCGAUGCUCUGGAGAGCGCAUUCGGUAUCCGAGCAAACAUUCGAGAAUACUCUGAGCACGCCGUCUCUAAGCCUGGCACCUUUUCGACCAGCGCGUCGGACCCGAACGGCAAGAGGGAGACCAAAACGAGGGGACAAGCGGCUUCGUACGUGGAGCUGGUGGAUGCGGAUGUGGAGGAUGGACAAGGGGCAAAGAGGGCGCCUGGAUUUUGGGGCGUGGGAAUCGAUGUGGAUAUCACCACUUCGGGUCUUAGAGCCGUUGUCAGCGCCAUGUCUAACCUCAUUCAGCCCUCCGCGGUCAUUGAAGAGGCUACCAAGGCUGUCGACGCUGCGGCUGCCAAGUGA